GUUGCUUAUUCCGAACACAUUAUUUACAAGCAGACAAACACACCGCAAUCACAACCCGUACGUUUUGCUGCAUCGAUACAGCGUUUGAUGUAUUUUAAUUCACCCAGAAAAAUGAGUGUUAAACCAAAGACAAACAUUGCGGACUUGUUCCAAAAUGCAAAGGACAGUGGAACGUAUUUGAAAAUAUGUGCACCGAUGGUUCGAUAUUCCAAAUUAGAGUUCCGGCGAUUGGUGCGAAAAUAUGGAGUGGAUUUAUGUUUUACGCCGAUGACAAUGACUGACUCAUUUUGCCAAAGUGAAAAAGCCAGACAAGUGGAGUUCUCCACGAGCGACGACGACACCCCAUUGAUAGCCCAAUUUGCAGCGAACACAGUGCAUGAAUAUUUGUCUUCCGCUGAAAUGGUGUAUCCGUACGUCGAUGGAAUCGAUUUGAAUUGUGGCUGUCCGCAGCGUUGGGCCAUGCAAAGUGGUUUUGGAUGUGCUUUACUCAAAGAUCCAGAACUUAUGAGAGACCUCACGUCGACACUUCGACGAAAUUUCCCAAGCGAUUUCAGUAUUUCCGUUAAAGUGCGAGUUCAGAAACCAUUGGCUCAAACGAUCAGCCUGUGCCAGCAAAUGGAAAAGUGUGGCGUCACAUUUUUAACCGUCCACGGUCGAACGCCAAAACAAAAAAUAAAGGAUCCAUCAAAUAAUGAGUUUCUACGUGAAGUAAAGCAGUCAAUAUCGAUCCCAAUGGUGGCGAACGGUGAUUGUAAAACAUUAGAAGAUGGAGACGAGAUGCACCGGAUAAUCGAUUGUGAUGGUGUAAUGGCAGCUCGGCAUAUACUAUCAAAUCCGACGUUAUUCUCUGGAAAAUAUGACACAACACCUUUGGAAUGUGUUCAAGAAUGGUUGAAUAUUUGCCAUGCGGCCGAUCAGAAUAUCGUUUUCUCCGUCUUUCAUCAUCAUUUGACAUUUAUGAUGGAAAAAUUAAUUCAACGCAAACUACGUGGCCCAUUUAAUUCAUUCACCAAAAAACAACAGGUGUUUGACUUUAUCGAUACCGAACUUGGGCUACGUCCACAGCCAAUUUACGUUCCGGACAACAUAAAAUGUGUUUAUGAUGAAACGAAUUACCGAAAUCGACUCAAUGACCUGAAAAUCGAAACGACAAAGAAAAAACGGGAAGCGUACAGUUCCGAAAAUACGCCAGGCAAAUUUUUCUUAGAAAAAGCCAAGGAAGAUCUGGAGGACAGUGACUGUGAGGAAGAGGAACUCUUUCAAACAAAUAUGUUUGAUAUCGUUUAAUGGAAAAUCAUUUACCUUGUUCAAAAGUCGUGUGUAUAUAUAUAUAUAUAUGUUUAUUGAGGGUUAAAUUUUUGAUACAAAUAAAAUGUGUUCAUUUGAAUACGAGCUGUCAAAGAAAAAGAAUCC